CACAGCGGCACAUCUUCCCCGAAGGACCCCCGGUGCGUGCGCUGUUGGAGCGUCCGGGAGCGCGCCUCUCCUCCGUGCGCGCCGCCGCAGCGCUCAGACCCGCCGCUCGCCGCUGCCAUCACCUGUCCGGACCGCUUCUAAGAAGCAGAAGCUGAUUAUUAUUUCCAUAAGUGCACGGAAAGGGGGCAUUUAGAAGAUGGAUUUGUGGGUGAAGUUGGCGCUGCUGUGCGGCUGUGCUUUCGGCGCCAGUGCGGACUUUGACGGCAGGUGGCCCAGGCAGAUGGUUUCCUCCACCGGGCUGUGCCGCUACGGUGCCAGGAUCGACUGCUGCUGGGGCUGGACCCGCCGCUCCUGGGGCCACUGUCAGCCACUCUGCCAGCAUGGAUGUAAAUAUGGGGAGUGUAUUGGACCAAACAAGUGCAGGUGCUUCCCGGGGUACACUGGAAAGGCCUGUAAUCAAGAUCUGAACGAGUGUGGACUGAAGCCACGGCCCUGUAAGCACAGGUGCAUGAACACCUAUGGUAGCUACAAAUGCUACUGCCUGAGUGGUUACAUGAUGAUGCCCGAUGGGACGUGUGGAAAUGCUCACACCUGCGCCCUGGCCAACUGCCAGUACGGCUGUGGAGUGGUGAAGGGUGAAGUGAGAUGCCAGUGUCCGUCACCAGGGCUGCAGCUGGGAUCCGAUGGCAGGACAUGUGUGGAUGUGGAUGAGUGCUCACUGGGGAGAGCCAUGUGCCCGCGCUUCCGCAAGUGCAUCAACACCUUCGGCAGCUAUGUCUGCAGGUGCCACGAAGGAUUCGAACUGCGCUACAUCAGUGGGAAGUACCAUUGUGCAGAUGUGAACGAGUGCUCCUCAGGCCAGCACCGGUGCGCUGGCUUUGCCACCUGCCAUAACACACCGGGCUCCUACAAGUGCAAGUGCACCAAUGGCUUUGGCACACCAGGCUCCAGCUGCAAGACCAUUCCAAAGGUAAUUAUUGAUCCCCCAAGGCCAGGGAAUGUCACAAACAACACAGGUAAUGGUAACUGGAUUCCAGACUCAAAUUCCAGAGGGACCGUUACCACACCUGGACCAACAAACAGAAGCAGCACUCCCAAGGCAAUGACACCAUCGAAGAGGCCCACCCAAACUCUCAUAUGGACUCCAACCAUUUCCACUCACCACCCGCCCUUCGCAACACGGGCUCCACCCAUUCAAACCCGGCACCCAGCCUUCCCAACACGGGCUCCACCCAUUCCAACCCGGCACCCAGCCUCCCCAACAUGGGCUCCAGCCAUUCCAACCCGGCGCCCAGCGUCCCCAACACGGGCUCCACCCAUUCCAACCCGGCGCCCAGCCUUCCCAACACAGGCUUCACCUAUUCCAACCCACUGGCUGCCCAACCCCACUACAUCUGUGCCAGAAGUCAGCACCGGGGACAACAAGAUUCAGAAGUCGGUCACUCAGAAGCAGAGGGGCGAUGUGCAUAUUCCCCGCAAUCACGGCCAUAACAACGUCUUUGAUUUUGACAUCGAGCUGGGCAACACUGCAGAGGAGCUGCGAGACGAUUCAGAUGCAGGUUUCCUAAGCUGUGCCUUUGAUAAUGGCCUGUGUGGUUGGAUCAGAGACAGAGAAGGAGAUUUACACUGGGAAACAAUCACAGAUCCCUCAGGUGGGAAGUACCUGACAAUCCCUGAGGUGGUGGGCAAGAAAAGGGGGCGGGGGGCAUGCCUGGUCCUCCCCCUGACAAAACCCUGGAACUCUGGAAACAUCUGCCUGUCCUUCCGGCACAAACUGGAGGGCCAUCAUGUUGGAAUGCUGCAGGUGUUUGUGGGGAAGGGGAAGCAGAACAGCCCAGCAGUGUGGGGCAGGACUGGGGGCAAAGGCUGGAGGAGCACCCAAAUCACACUGUGGGCAUCCGGCCUAGAGAGCGUGAUGUUGAAGGGUGACCGUGGACGGGGACGGAGUGGAGAGAUCGCCAUUGAUGACAUCAGCCUGAGGACAGGCCCGUGCACUGAUGACCAUGGUCUGAGGAGACUUUAACACAAAGCCAGAGAGGCGGGAUCCCAAAGCAGCUGCCUGCCUCAUUGUUUUCAAGCAAGCGUGGGGUCAAACUAGGGCCCAUUUGAAGAAACUUUGAAGGAAAGGGUGACUUUAAAGCUGGAAUCAUGGGGUUUCUCUAGGAUCUAUUACCAGACCCCUUUCAGGUCUACAUCUGUGUUGUGUGUGCAUGCUCAGCUAUCCGACAGGUUCUCAGUCCUGCAGGCAACUGUGAUUUCAGUCAGAAAACAAACUUGUCUGUUUUUCUGAAACUUACACCUCAGGAGAGGUAAAUGUUCAUGUGGUCUGCAUGUAUCUUCUAAAUCCAUACCAUCCAAAGCUUAUCUCCUCGCUAUACUACUGGUACUUGCUAAAGUCAUUGUGCUUUGCACAGAAAUAUUGCUUUGUCUCUCUUUUCACAAUGUCAAAAGCUAUUAGCCUGUUUUAAAUACUGAUUUGUAAAUACUAAACUACAGCAAUGCCUUUAUUGAUACUAAAACAAAUAACAGAAAAAUUGAUAGACAUGUCGGACAGCUGGUAGUGUCGUGGUAGGA